UUUUCCCCUACUCGUUACAAUUAUCAGCUACUACUUGGUAUUUUACAAAUAGCUUAACUGAAUUAGAAUUUGUCUUCGUUAAUGUUUACGUUUUACUUUCAUUUUUUUCUCUCUCUUGAACUCUGUCGUGCCGCUGUCCUUCUCGCUUGCUAACGGUUAGCGUAGCUUCUGUUUCCAGAUGGACGCCAGCUGAGCUGAGCUAGCAGCUGGUGAUUUUGUUUUUAUCCCUCCUCCCAGCUCACUCUUCUGCUGCUUGUCAGCGACCACCCAAUUCAGCCGGACUCCCCUAUGAGUCUCAUUCGGGGGUUAGCAGUGAAAGUUCAGUUGCAGUAGAUAAAUGGCCGCCUCUGCUCCUCCUCCUCCUCCGGCGGCGGCAGCAGCCGCAGCCUCUGGUUCUGCCCCGGCCGCUGCUGAGACCUCCAGUCCCGGAGGAUCGAGUAGCUCGACCGCUGCCGACGGCGGCAGCCAGGACAGCACUUUUGAAUGCAACAUCUGUCUGGACACCGCCAAGGAUGCCGUGAUCAGCCUGUGCGGACAUCUUUUCUGCUGGCCUUGUUUGCAUCAGUGGCUGGAAACCCGACCUAACAGACAAGUGUGUCCAGUUUGUAAAGCUGGCAUCAGCAGGGAAAAAGUGAUUCCCUUAUAUGGAAGAGGAAGCACAGGACAACAGGAUCCCAGAGAAAGAACACCCCCUCGACCUCAAGGACAAAGACCUGAGCCGGAAAACCGUGGCGGUUUUCAGGGCUUUGGCUUUGGAGAUGGUGGUUUCCAGAUGUCAUUUGGAAUCGGCGCCUUUCCGUUUGGUAUUUUCGCCACCGCUUUUAACAUCAACGAUGGCAGACCUCCUCCAGCGGCUCCUGGAACACCACAGCACACGGACGAGCAGUUUCUCUCUCGACUCUUCCUGUUCGUUGCUUUGGUGAUGAUGUUUUGGCUGCUGAUUGCAUAAAAGCUUUGGAAACUGAUCAGGUUGUUGUCACUUCAGAUUGGACAGAGAUUUUGUUUAAUGUGUUAUGUCGCUCCUUUGAAAUACAGUUGAAACCAGAUGUUUUACGCAUCAAGAUGCUGAUUUUUUUAAUUAUUUUUUGUCCUCGUCUUAAUUUAGUGACCCAAAUCAGACUACUGAGUAAUCAUAACAUUUUAUUCAAGCCUUAGAUAUUUCAAUACUCAUACGGACAUUCAUACUGUGUUUCCAUUUCUAUCCAAUGGGAACAUUUUAAGCAGUUUGUUCAGAAAAACCUAAAUACUGGAAACUGCUAACCAAUGAUUAAAAAUGGAUGAGCAUGCAUUAACCCAGAGCCUGAGCUUGUAAUCAGAUAAAAAAUCUUUUUCUCAAACAGUGUUUUGCUCCAAACUGUACAACCUUUUUCUUUUCUGAUUUUCACUGUAAUUAAAUGUAAAAUAUUGUAGAUUAGAGAGUUAAUGAAAACUUGUUGAAAAUGGAGGUAACUUUUCUAACUGAAUUUCCUCUGACAGUAAAGCUUUAUAAAUAA